AUUUCCAAACUCACUACGCUUUCUCCAUUGCAACUUUUGCAGGGACUCUACAGACAUGUUGGCUGUUAGCUGAAGUAAGACUGGAAUUUGGCUCAACUUUUGAGCCAAAAACAUUGAAGAUUGGUGUGGAUAUUUUGCGGAAAUACUCCUAAAAUAUUCCUCCCGCAGGCCGGGCGCCGAAAAGGAGUCCUGGAUGACAUUUUCCAAUCUUUUCUGACUGAUGAACUGGGCUGGUAAUGUGCGAGGCAGCGACCGUGUCAGUGGCUCAAGAUGGCAGAUUUUUACUGAGUUCUGAGCUGAAAUCUCGCUGCCUUUUUUGCCAUGACUGAAAGGAGUUCUUGCACCGAUGGCCCCCGUAUACGAAGGUAUGGCCUCCCAUGUGCAGGUCUUUUCCCCGCCCGCCCUGCAGUCCAGCGCCUUCUUUAGCGUGAAGAAGCUGAAGGUGGAGCAGAACCCCGGCUGGGACAUGACGGGCUACGGGGCUCACGCCAAGACCUACGGCCAGAGCGCCAUCGCCAACGGCAACGGCGCCAACCCCGCCCUCCCCUACGAGCAGGCGGCGGCGGCGGCCCUGCUGUACCCGGUGGACAUGGGCUCCAGCCUGGCGCUGGCGGUGGCCUCGAACCUGACGCGCCGCAGCACGGUCAGCCUGCUGGACACCUACCAGCGCUGCGGCCUGAAGCGCAAGAGCGAGGAGCUGGAGAGCUGCGCCGCGGGGAGCGUCCACGUCCUGGACGAGCAGCCCGAGCCGCAGGCCCCGCCCCCGCAGGCCCCGCCCGCCGCCGCCGCCGCCGCCCACAACGACCCCGCCGGGGCCGGGGCUCCGCCCGCGGGCGCGGCCACGGCGGCCGACUCCGCCCCCGCCUCCAAGAACGGCGCGUCGGCGGGCGAGGGCGACUACCAGCUGGUGCAGCACGAGGUGCUCUGCUCCAUGACCAACACCUACGAGGUGCUGGAGUUCCUGGGGCGCGGCACCUUCGGCCAGGUGGUCAAGUGCUGGAAGCGCGGCACCAGCGAGAUCGUGGCGGUGAAGAUCCUGAAGAACCACCCGUCGUACGCGCGGCAGGGCCAGAUCGAGGUGGGCAUCCUGGCGCGGCUGAGCACCGAGAGCGCCGACGACUACAGCUUCGUGCGCGCCUACGAGUGCUUCCAGCACAAGGGCCACACCUGCCUGGUGUUCGAGAUGCUGGAGCAGAACCUGUACGACUUCCUCAAGCAGAACAAGUUCAGCCCGCUGCCCCUGCGCUACAUCCGGCCCGUCCUGCAGCAGGUGGCCGCCGCCCUCCUGAAGCUCAAGAGCCUGGGCCUCAUCCACGCCGACCUCAAGCCCGAGAACAUCAUGCUGGUGGACCCCGCCCGCCAGCCCUACCGCGUCAAGGUCAUCGACUUCGGCUCGGCCAGCCACGUCUCCAAGGCCGUCUGCUCCACCUACCUGCAGUCCAGAUACUACAGAGCUCCUGAGAUAAUCCUGGGCCUGCCGUUCUCUGAGGCCAUCGACAUGUGGUCCCUGGGCUGUGUGAUCGCUGAGCUCUUCCUGGGCUGGCCUCUCUAUCCAGGAGCCUCAGAAUAUGACCAGAUUCGGUACAUAUCGCAGACACAAGGCCUGCCAGCUGAGUAUCUGCUUAGCGCCGGAACGAAGACGGCCAGGUUCUUCAACAGAGACACUGAAUCGACCUACCCUCUGUGGAGACUGAAGACACCAGAGGACCAUGAGGGGGAGACUGGGAUCAAAUCCAAGGAGGCCCGAAAAUACAUCUUCAACUGCCUGGAUGACAUGGCACAGGUGAACAUGGCGUCCGAUCUGGAGGGCAGCGACAUGCUGGCGGAGAAGGCCGACCGGCGGGAGUUCAUCGACUUGCUGACCAAGAUGCUGACCAUCGACGCAGACAAGCGCAUCACCCCCAUCGAGACCCUCAACCACCCCUUUGUUACCAUGACGCACCUGCUGGACUUCCCCCACAGCUCAAAUGUGAAGGCCUGUUUUCAGAACAUGGAGAUCUGCAAGCGGAGGAUGAACAUGUACGACACGGUGAACCAGAGCAAGACCCCCUUCAUCACCCACAUGGCCCCCAGCACCUCCACCAACCUCACCAUGACCUUCAACAACCAGCUCAACACUGUCCACAGCCAGGGCCCAGACCUCCCCCCGUCCUCCAGCACCAGCCUGUCGCUGGUCCCCCCCGACGUCUCCGUGCUAAACUACCAAUCUGCGCUCUACCAGCCUGCCGUGGCCCCCAGGAGCCUGCCCAUGCCCCCCCCUGCGGGGCCCCAGCUGUGCGCCGCGAGGCCCGACCCCUUCCAGCAGGCCCUCAUCGUCUGCCCCCCCGGCUUCCAGGGCCUACAGGCGUCUCCCUCCAAACAUGGCGGGUACUCGGUGCGGAUGGAGAACGCCGUUCCCAUAGUAACACAGGCCCCCGGCGCCCAGCCGCUGCAGAUCCAGCCCGGCCUGCUCACACAGCAGGCCUGGCCCGGUGGUACACAGCAGAUUCUCCUCCCUCAGGCGUGGCAGCAGUUGACCCACAGUUCAGUUCCACACGCCGCGGUCAUCCCCGACACCAUGACCAGCGCGCAGCCUCUGGCCAACUGGAGGAACUCCCAUCCCCAUGGCAACCAUUACAAUCCCAUCAUGCAACAGCCGGCCUUGCUGGCAGCUCACGUGACCCUCCCCUCCGCCCAGCCCCUGAAUGUGGGCGUGGCCCACGUCAUGCGGCAGCAGCCAACCAGCAGCAACACUUCCAAGAAGAGCAGGCAGCAGCAGCAGCUCUCCAGCAGGAACGGCUCUGGUUUUGAGGUGUCUUCGUCCCCGCAGCGCUCCAAGCGGGUGAAGGAGAACACGCCCCCUCGUUGUGCGGUGGUGCCCAGCGACCCCCCCUCAGCCUGUGGGGCGCCCCUGUCCUGCGGGAUCUGGGGGGACCCCCAGCCCAACCCCCCCCAGCGCCAGACCAUCGUCAUCCACGACACGCCCAGCCCGGCCAUCAGCAUCAUCACCAUCAGCAGUGACACGGACGACGAGGACGACAACAACAAACGCACCAACGCCAGCACAAUGUCUAAGCAGAGGAAUGAUGUCAUCAGCUGCGUGACGGUGCACGACUCCCUCGCCUCGGACUCGUCCAAUCACAGCAGCCCGUACGCCGUGGAGUCCCGCCCCCACCACAACAACAAUGGCUUCCAGGCCAAAGGUGUGCUGCUGGACAACUACUGUCACUCCAACCCCCGCGCCAUCAUCCUUCCUCCCCCCAAAGUGCAGGCCAACGAGGGGCCUACGGACUGUCACCACCUCCUGCCAGACGCAGCAGGUCACCAGAACUCCAUCUACAAGUACAAAACAGCCAACGGGGCGUUGUCUGGCAACAACUACUCCUCAGGGGGCGGGGCUUACAGGCAGCAGCGUUCUGGGCCACUCCCCUUUCAGCAGCAGCCCCUCAACCUGAGCCAGGCGCAACAGCACAUGGCAGCAGAGCGGAAUGGCGGUAACCGGCGGCAACAGGCUUACGUGGCCCCUACCAUGGCUGCCCAGGCCCCGUACCCCUUCCAUCACCACAGCCCCUCCCACCCUCACCUGGCCGCCGCCCACUUGCCGGGCCAGCCCCACCCUCACCUGUACGCCUACACCGCGCCCACCGCGCUGGGCUCCACGGGCGCCGUGGCCCACCUGGUCACCUCCCAGGGCUCCGCCCGCCACGGGGCCUACCCCGCGGGCCUGGUCCACCAGGUGCCCGUCAGCAUGGGGCACCACGUUCUGCCCUCCCCCGCCCUGCACCACGCCCAGUACCAGGCCCAGUUCACCCACCAGACCUACUUCAGCAGUUCCCCCGGCUCCGCGGUCUACACUGGAUACCCCCUGAGCCCCACCAAGGUCAGCCAGUACCCUUACCUCUAGAGCAGACACUGGAGCCCCGCCCCCUAAAGCUGAGGUCACCCGUCCCUUAGAGACAGAGGGGCUGGCAGCGCUGUUAUGCCCACGCGGGAAACCUGAAAUCUGAUGGCGGUGAUGUGGAAAACGGACAAAUGGCGCCCUCCGGUGGGCGAUGGGGGGACUGAGGAUUUAUUUUUAUUUUCCUUUUUUUUUUUUUUUUAGCAUCGGUACUUUUAGAUUCGUUUGUCGAAUGGGCCAGUUCCUUUUGUUUUUGUAGUUUGGGAUUUUUAUUUUUGUAUUAUUAUUAUUGUUAGCGUUUUUAAUUGAUUUCGUUCUUUGAGGGAUCACUUACCUGGAUGCGUGAGCUCCUUUGAGAUUGGGAUAAGGUGGAAUGAGGAUAUCUGCUGCUCUUCAAAGAAAAACAAACAGAAACACACAAAACAAAAAAUAAUGGCCUUGAAUUUCCACCUCUGCUUCAACAAGAGAGGAAUGAGUCCUUUUGGAAACUCAGCAAACUGAGAAAUGGAAGAAAAAAAAAAACAUUUUUAGAGUAUUUAUCUUUUUUGUAAUUUUGUGUUCACUUCUAGAGAAUUGCUGGUUUUUGAUUUUUUCUUUUUUAGUUUCCUCUGGAAAAAAGUUUUAGCUGUGCCCCUUUUUUGGUAGAAUGUAGCACCCUUCACCCUGUUCAUUGCGUGAAGCACCUCUGAUACCAAUAGAUUUGCGUUCGUUUCCUUCUCGGUGCGAUUGUGCGAAGCGGUGUCGGUAGCAUACGCACGUACGAGGCAAACGGUCCGUCAGUGUGGGCGUGCGCGCCCCGUCGUCCGCCCCCGCGACCUUUGACCUCUCGAAAUCCUCCAAUAGACUCGGCCAUUAGCAUCGAUCCCUUGUAGUGCCUUACGGACGUGCUGACACACUUUAUUAAAAGUUUACUGCGCUGGGACUUGCAGCCCAGAGGAAGCUGGGUCUUAGGUUUCAAGUCUUCGUGACCAUCAGUCGACCCUUUUUUAAAACUUCUAGGUGUGCCGAGUACAGAAAUAUAACCUGCGAUGUCUGCCAGAGGUUCUCGCUUGUCACGUGUAGUUAUAAUUCAUUUUUGCUGCGUCCGUGUAGCUGAGUAUGACUUGCCUCGUGAGGAUUUUGUUUGCGUUAGGCACUGAACCAAAGCUGCCACUAGGUGUUUCCUUAUUCUGUGGAGUGCAGUCAUCAAUUGGGCAUGUGUUUCAGCAUUGCGAGAUUCAUUUGCCUGCGUCAUUUCGGUAAGCUUACGUUUGAAACGGUGGCGUUCACCUCUGCAUGUAUUUACCUAGACGUGGGGGAAUGGGUGAGAACCAAAUGCAUUCAUACUGCUAUAAUGACAGAAUGCCUGGUGUAUAAAAAUGAUAGGCUACCUGAAACCUGAAUAAGAGAUGAUUUUCCUUUUCCAACAGGUAUGUUCAAAAUUGAAAACAUUUUUAUGGUUUCACUCUAAGGUCUGAAAUUUUUUUUUUGCAACAAUUUCUGUGAUAUGUUUGGGUGGUUGGUGAGCAUGAUGACAGCCUAAUUUAAAGCCAGGGAUUUACUCUUUGGAUUUUGUCCAAUUUUACCCGAAAAGGGCCAAUGCGAGUUCAGGGUUUGCUUUAAGCCAACACUACAGCACCCGAUUUAACUGAUUAACUAACCAUGGUCUUCAGUCAAAAUCUUGGAUAAGAUGGAUGUCUUGGUGCUGGGCUAAAUCUGUACCCACACCAGCCCUUUUAGGAUAAGAUUGGACACCCCUGCUUUAAGCAUUUAGUGAAACAAUAGCCUAGGUGCCACACAGUGGCCAGCAAAAUCACAAUGCCAGUGGUCAUAUAACAGUACUCUGCUACGGGGUGUUCCAUAUGGCAACAUUUCAGUUUCUUAGACCUUUUUUCCCCUCUUAUAUUGAGAAGUAGAGUCUCGUUGGAUAAAGAAAUUAAAUUGAGUUUUGAAGUCAAUUCCAGGGGCCCAACGGGAGUGGGCCCAGUGAUGUCACAGAGGGCUAGCUGGAGCAGCCAAUGAGAGCACGGCAGCAGAAGCAGAGUUGGGAUUGGAGCCCAGAGAGAAAGGGGCGUGAGCGGAUGUGGGAUAGGUGAGACAGGGAAGGAGGGCAGGGAUUGGUCGGUGGAUGGAAUCAGGCUGUGGUUGGUUGGUUGGUUGGGGGUGUGGAGUUAGGGUUAGGGUUAGGGUCACAAUGGGACUAUGAAGAAUAGCAUGUUGAGACAGAGCAGGUCGGUAGCAACGGUGACCCUGAUAAUUUGGGGGGAGGGGGUUCACAGGGUCAAGGAGAGCACACCGUACUCUUGAGACGAAGUUACAUUUUGGAGUAGAUUUUGCGAGCGAUUCUAGCUGUUAUGCUCUUUGAGUUAUGUGUACCGUAUGUCACCUUAACGAUACGAACGUGACAGAAGGGUCUGUGCACGCCCGGAGGGGGUUGGUGUUGAGUGUUGGCGUUUAGGUUUGCCGCCGCGUGUCAGUUUUGAAUUUCCUCGUACAAACCUCACGCCACCAGACAAGGCUGUGGGAGCGGAUCGGUCCGUGGAUAAAGUUGGGAUUUGCGUAGUUCAGUACGUAGAGCUUUUGUUUCGGGGAUCCGGUUGUUCACCCUUUUGUGUUUCGGUCGUGUUUGUUUUUCCGUCGGGACCUGCGCUCGCGAGAUUGGCUCAGGAGCAGUGACAUCUUUGGUAUGUCGAGUGAGGUCACUCGUUUCUCCCUCGACGUCUCGCUGGAGUCGUGUCCCCGUAGUCGCACUGGCCGCGCAGUUGUAGUUUUCUGCCGCAAAGAAGAGAUUUUCAACGGCGUUUGGGAGGUUUGUCACAUUAUUAUGUUUUAUCUUUAGAGAUUGCUGCAAUAAUUCUCGUGGGUGUUGUUAUAUCAGUGUAAAUGUUUUUUUUUUUUGUCAUUUCUUGAAGCUCAUUUAUUCAUGUUUUCGUAUGUAAUUGAGGAAUGUGCGUAGCUGUGUAUCGUAUUCCAGGGAAGGGAAAUGUACCAGUAUAGUCUGUGCUGCUGUAAAAUGUCCAGCACAUUAAUAAUAUUAAUGGUAAUGACAUUAACGUUAUUGAUGAUAUUAAUGAUGAUAUUAACCUGACAGUCGGGUAGGUAGGUCGUGAAGACGUGUGAGAGCUCCCAGUACAAGUUUGGACCUCUGUCCCAAAACUUCAGUCCAAAGAAUAUCCCCUCUUCUCCCAGAGCUUAAAUAAGCCUCUUAAGCCUCUUUUUAAAAAAUAUAUUUUGUUCUUUUUUUGUUUAUUUUACCGGGUAUAAUAUUCUGUUCACCCUCGGCUCCAGUGUUAUGAACACGGCUGGAUGUGCAUUCUUUUUUUAGGGACUCCGUUUAAGUGGUGAUUCUAGAAACUGGUGGAGGUGGAGGGGCCCAUUGGGGCCCUUCUGCCGGACCUCCACUGUCCACCCUCGGGGCCCCCCAAUGCUCGGGGCCCUAGGGAGUUGCCUGGCUUGUUAUUCAUUAGAUUCACCUUUGUGUUUAGCGGUGGAAACCAAGGCAAAGGGGUUCUUUCACCCUAAGCAUUCUGGGACUUCAGUUUACCACCAAAGAAAGGACAUAGGAUGAUGACUGCUCCCCGCUCUCUCCUUCGUUUAGAGUACUGAACUGGCAAUAACGUCCCUGUCUCAGCUGUGUAUGCGUCAAGACCGCCAUUUUGUAUCCAAAUGAAAACGUUUUGGGAGGAGAAAACUAACUGAGGAGAUAUAAAACUUGCGUACUUGUGCUGGUGUGAGUUUUGCGCAAGUAUAUGUUGGAUACACACACACACACACACACACACACAUACAGUCACUUAAGUACACACUGUGUACCUGUGAGUGUGUUUGUGUGCAAGCAUGCAUGCUUUUGACACACAUUCUGUUCAUUGGAUUGGGCACCACAAAGAAAGGGAUUUGUUUUAUUCUUAUCGUGUAUCGAAGCCAAAUGUUAUGAUUCGGUCAUUUUUAUAGAUUUUCUCACCAAAAAUUUACAAACAUGAAUAAAUGGGAAAGUUGUAUUUAAUUUUUUUGAUUUUUUAAAAGAAUACUUGUCUUGUUUAUGUCCAUGCACAUCAAAAAUUAUUUGUCUUUUUUUCCUGAAAGUUUGGGAAAUAAGGUACAGGCCAGUUCAGGAGAAAUAAGUAAUUACUCUCGUAAUUUUGUUUUUUCUAAGCUUGUGUUCAUAACACCUGCGCUCUGGUGUUUGAUGUAGCUAUUGAUUUGUGAAUAUAGACCGCCAGAAGGAUUCCCAGUUUUUCAUGUGCGGAGCGCACUCUCUGUGGAGAGGCGAUCGAUAAGGAUGCAGACCCGUCUCCAGUCCCUGAUGUUCCUUGAAGAUAACAAACAUAUUCCAACAACCACUUCCCUAGGGAAAUAUAUAUGCAUUUUUGUGAUUCAUGACAUGAGCAGUUUUUUUACUCUCACUACAAAAAAAAAGACAUAAAUUAAAAAAUAUUCCUAAUGAAAUGGGAAUUGAACUUCUUCAAUGAAAUGAAGAUUAACUUUUUUUUUUUUUCAAAGUAGUAAUAUUCUAGGAUCUCCUCUAGACUUAAGAAAGCGUUGCUGUUUCUGCAUGGUUUUGUGUCCCAAGGCUGUGUGGAUAAUCUGCGGUUUCUCCUCUCAUUUCCUGUUGUAAACGCCGUGCUGUGUUGCAGUUCCCCCCCGUAGGCCUUUCACUGUGUUAAUGGAAAUUUCUGUUCUUCUGUUGUUUUUUUAAAAUAGCUUUUGUUUAUGUGUGGGGUUGGGUUUGGGGUUUUGCUAAGUGUAACAUCUCCUUUUAUCAAUGUUUUAUCGACCUUUUGAUGUAGAGCUGUACGAACGCUGUUCCUCUGACUCACUAAGUAUCUUAUGAGAAUGGAUAUUUUACUGGCUUAUAGAAUGUUUAAAUAAAUAAGAUUCUGAAUAAUAAUAAUAUUAAUUGAAAUUCUUAACCAGUUGAGUACUUGCUAAUAAGCGAUUGUGUUACCAUUAAGACGUUGUGUGCUUCUCUUAAUAAUCAUUUUCGUUGUAGAAAAAUGGAGUGAAUUUAUAUUAGUCCAAUUAACUAAUUAUAGCAUUGUAAAUUCAAUGAGGUUUUUAACAGAAAAAUUGGUUAGAGAAGAAUAUAGUUAUUUUAAUUGUUCUAUUUACUAUCUGUAGGGUGAGAAGGGGCUCGCGAUGUGGUGAACUAUGUUAUAGCUUGUUAUUCACUGUUACUUUUGAUCAUUUUUUCGGUCUCAGAGGUGAAUCGAGUUAUUAAUAUAAUGAGAAUUUGUAUGCUCACAUAUGCAUAUUGUAUAUGUGUAGAACUGUAAUCACACUUUGUCAUGGAUUUACAUUAAAACUGUUAAGUCACGGCA